AACCGCCGGAGACGACCCCGGGCUCCUGCCCCGCACCGGGGGCACCCGCGGCCUCGGGUUAGUGGGGUAGUGGGGAGCCCGCCCCUGCCUGGACUGGACCGACCCGAGGGUCGCGAUCGCGCGGGCAUCCCCGCCGACUGCCUCGAUCGGUAGCAGGUGCGGGGGGCCGGGGCCGCCCCCUCGAGCGCGGGGGCCCUUGCCCCGGCCGGGGUCUGCCGGGAAGAUGGCGACCCCGGGCAUGAGCUGGCAGCAGCACUAUUACGGCGGCUCGGCGGCCGGAGCGGCCAAAUUCGCGCCCUCGGCGCCGCAGGCGGGGCAGUGCCUGGACUACAGUCCCGACCUGCACAUGAAGAUGAGCAAGAAAAUCGCGCAGCUGACCAAGGUGAUAUAUGCUCUGAACACCAAAAAUGAUGAGCACGAAUCUGCCAUCCAAGCCCUCAAUGAUGCUCACGAAGAAGAAAUACAACAAAUUCUUGCAGAAACAAGGGAAAAAAUAUUGCAGUAUAAAAGCACAGUAAUAGAGGAGUCAGACCUUAGGAGAAAGAUCCAAGUUUUAGAAGCGUCAUUAGAAGAGCAUAUAAAAAUGAAAGAGCAGGCCUUAACAGAAUUUGAAGCUUAUAAGCACCGUGUUGAGGACAUGCAACUUUGUGCUGAAGCCCAGCAUGUUCAGCGGAUUGUAACUAUGUCUAGAGAGGUUGAAGAGAUUAGGAGGAAAUUUGAGGAGAGAUUAAGGAGUUUUGGACAACUACAAGUACAGUUUGAAAAAGACAAAAGGCUAGCAUUGGAAGAUUUGCGAACUGCUCACAAAAGGGAAAUCCAAGAGCUAUUGAGGUCACAGCAGGAUCACAGCACCUCUGUGAAUAAAGGGCUAGAGAAGGCCGAGGAGCUGCACAGAAUGGAGGUGGAGGGCUUAAACAAAACCCUUGAGGAGCUGAGGCUUGAACAGAAAAAGCUAAUUGAGGAUUAUGAAGGCAAGUUGAAAAAAGCGCAGUCCUUUUAUGAACAUGAACUUGAUACUUUGAAAAGAUCUCAGCUUUUUACAGCAGAAAACCUGCAGGCUAGCAAAGAGAAGGAAGCUGAUCUUAGAAAGGAAUUUCAGGGACAAGAAGCAAUUUUACGAAAAACCAUAGGAAAAUUAAAGACAGAAUUACAGAUGGUUCAGGAUGAGGCUGGAAGUCUUCGUGGCAAAUGCGAAAAACUUCAGACAGCACUUGUUACAGCAGAAAAUAGUGUUCAGGUUCUUCAAAAACAACUUAAUGAUGCCAAGGAAGAAGAGAUGGCCUUAGUAAGCCAGCACAAGGAAGUGGAGAGUGAGCUUGCAGCUGCCAGAGAACGUUUACAACAGCAAGCAUCUGAUCUUGUACUCAAAUCUAGUCAUAUUGGAAUGCUUCAAGCAACUCAAAUGACACAGGAGGUCACAAUUAAAGAUCUAGAAUCAGAAAAAUUAAGGGUCCAUGAGAAAUUAUCUCAGCUUGAAGAAGAAAGAACUUUAUUGCAAAGCAAAACUCAGAGUCUGAGUGAAGAGCAGACGCACCAGAUUUUGGAACUGGAGAAGGUGCAGUCUGGUUUUUCUUACCACCACUCCACAGGAUCUGCAUUUGCCUCAGCCUCCAGUGAUACCCUAGUUGCUGGACUUGAUGGAUCUUAUCUUACUGUGAAAGUAAAUGAAGCAAAGAAAACUCAGCAAGAAUUUUAUGAGAUGGAGCUUAAAAAUCUGCAAAAUAAAUUAGAAGGGGAUGUGGCUCAAUUAAAUGAAGCCCAUUCUAAGACUUUGGAAGAAUUAGCUUGGAAGCACCAUAUGGCAAUUGAAGCUGUCCACAGUAAUGCAGUUAGGGAUAAGAAAAAGCUUCAGAUGGAAUUGGAGGAGCAAUAUGAAAAAGAGAGGCUAACCUUAGAAGAGGAUAAAAACCAUCUUCAUCAAGAACUAGAAAACCUGAAGGAAGAACUGGAAAGCAAGCUGAGUAUAGCCAAUCAAGAGAUUGGACGUCUCCAAGAUCUGGUAAAGAAAAGUGAACAAGGUCUUGUUUCUGCUGAAGAACAUAUUGCUAGUCUUCAGGACUCUCAGGAAAGACUUCAGAAUGAGCUUGACUUGACUAAAGGCAAGCUGAAGGACACCAAGGAUGCUCUAUUAAAUGUUGAGGAUGAACUAGUGCAGGAAAGGCAACAGCAUGAAGAAACCCUGGCUUCCAUGAGAGAAGAAGAGAAGCUCAGAGUGAACAAAAUGGCCCAGGACUUACAAAUAAAAUGGACUGAAAAUCUUAGGCAAGAAUGUUCUAAACUUCGUGAAGAACUAAGGCUUCAACAUGAAGAGGAUAAAAAGUCGGCAAUGUCUCAGCUUUUUCAGUUAAAAGAGAGAGAGAAAAAUGCGGCCCGAGAGUCAUGGCAAAAGAAAGUAGAAGAUCUUCUAAACCAGAUUUCCCUGCUGAAGCAGAAUCUGGACCUACAGCUUUCCCAGUCUCAGACUUCUCUUCAGCAGUUGCAAGCUCAGUUUACACAAGAACGACAACGACUUACACAAGAACUUGAAGAAUUAGAGGAACAGCAUCAGCAGAGACAUAAAUCUUUAAAAGAAGCACAUGUUCUUGCAUUUCAGACAAUGGAAGAAGAGAAGGAAAAGGAACAAAGAGCACUUGAAAAUCAUUUACAACAGAAACAUUCUGCAGAGCUUCAGUCAUUAAAAGAUGCACACAGAGAAUCCAUGGAGGGCUUCCGGGUAGAAAUGGAGCAGGAGCUUCAGACUCUUCGGUUUGAAUUAGAAGAUGAAGGAAAAGCUAUGCUUGCUUCCUUACGUUCAGAACUAAACCAUCAACAUGCAGCUGCAAUUGAUUUGUUACGUCAUAGUCAUCACCAAGAAUUAACAGCUGCUAAAAUGGAAUUAGAGAGAAGCAUAGACAUCAGCAGAAGACAGAGUCAGGAGCACAUGUCUAGAAUAACAGAUCUACAGGAAGAAUUAAGACACAGAGAGCAUCACAUCUCUGACUUGGAUAAGGAGGUACAGCAUCUUCAUGAAAAUAUAAGUGCCCUAACCAAAGAGUUGGAAUUUAAGGGGAAAGAAAUUCUCAGAAUACGAAGUGAUUCUAACCAGCAGAUAAGGUUGCAUGAACAAGAUUUAAACAAGAGACUUGAAAAAGAACUGGAUGAAUUGACAGCAGACCACCUCAGACAGAAAAAUCUCAUGCGGGCAGAUUUUAAUAAGACUAACGAGCUACUCAAGGAAAUAAAUGCAGCCUUACAAGUGUCAUUGGAAGAAAUGGAAGAAAAAUAUCUAAUGAGAGAAUCAAAACCAGAAGAUGUACAGAUGAUUACAGAAUUAAAAGUUAUGCUUACAGAAAGAGAUCAGGUCAUAAAGAAACUAAUUGAGGAUAAUAAAUUUUAUCAGCUGGAAUUAGUCAAUCGAGAAACUAACUUCAACAAAGUGUUUAACUCAAGUCCUACGGUUGGUGUUAUUAAUCCAUUGACUAAGGCCAGGACUGCCUCCUUUUGACAGAUGACUAAAGUUCACAGAUCUCACUUUUAAAUUUGUUUAAUUUUAUGCCUUUUCCUAGCUUUAGCCUAAAUCUACUUAACCUCAUGGUAUCUGUAAGACCUAUCCUUUGGCUCCUCCCUUUGCCCCUUUCCCUCCUUAUUACCCCUUGGAAUUUUUUUCACCCCUUCCUACCCUUCCCAUGAACCAUUUCUAAAUGGUUUAUUUAGGAUCAUUUGUUCCUCAUCUUUUGUCCUAAAGGAGCAUGUUUGUUAAGGAUUCCAUUUAGAUAAAAAACAACUCCAAGGACCCCAGACCACAAUUUGGGUAACACUGGUUCAGAUGAAUAUCGUAUAUAUCUUCAAAAUAUUUCCCAUGCCAAAUUUAUAAAUUUUAUUAUCCAUACUUUCUCAUUUGUCCUUGGACAGGGACGAUCCUCACAUAUAUUAUUUUUAAUGCAGCAAAAGAAGAAGAAUGAUAAAUCAACAACAAGCAGGUUUGUGAGUGUUCCCAAUCUAAGUGCUCUGGAAUCUGGUGGAGUGGGCAAUGGACAUCCUAACCGCCUGGAUCCCAUUCCUAAUUCUCCAGUCCACGAUACUGAGUU